AUGGGGCUCAAACGAGGACUGUGCGCCAUGAUGCUAUUGGCGCUAUGUAUAAUGUCUGUUCAAGGGACAGCACCAACUUUUGUCAAUGACCCCUGUGCUGAUGAGAUCAUUACACAACCGGACGAGGGGAUGAACGAUGCUACGGUGUACUGGGCUAUCCCACUUGCUAAAGUAGGUGACACACCGGCAGCAGUGACAUGUGACAGAAUGCCUGGAGAGAAAUAUGCCGGAGGAAACAACGAUGUCACUUGCACAGCAAAAGAUGUAGAUACUCCAGCUGAUAUGACAACAUGUACAUUUCAAGUUCGUGUGUUCCCAACAUUCGAGAGGGCCUGCCCUGCGGAUUUCCCGUCCGCAACUGGUGAUGGGGUGACAUUUGACGAGCCUUUAACAAACGUCGACACAGAUGGCACCACAAAGCCUACAGUUACUUGUGAUAACCCAGUUACGUUCCCUGCUGGUCCAACAACCGUUACAUGUGAAGCUACAGGUACUGAGUCACGGAAGGUUUCAUGUUCCUUUGAAGUGACAAUUGGAACACUGCCAACCUUUACUGAUCAGGGUUCAUGUGCUGAUUCAAAAAUCGACACUGCACCAGACGCCGGUGAAAACACCGCAACUGUGACCUGGACUGAGCCCACUGCCUCAGCAGGAGCAUCUAUUACUUGUGACCACUCUACUCCUGCUGUUUUUAAAGGUGGGGAUACCACUGUGACAUGUGAAGCUGCGGACAACACUGAAUCAAGACUCUUUAUCAGCUGUAGCUUUGAUGUCAAAGUGUAUCCAACAUUUGAGACUGGUUGCCCAGAUAAUAUGGUGGUUGCAAAUGGUGCUUCCCCCACUUUCACAACGCCUGCAGUAAACGCUGAUUCAACUGGAGCUGCAGUAACAGCUUCCUGUAGUCCUCCUUCUGGGGGUCCCGGUUUCACUGAUGACCUAGCAAACGAUGUAACUUGUACUGCUCAGGAUGGUACUUUGACUUCACAAAAAGCCACUUGUACCUUCAAAGUAACACUUGGAACUACGCCAGUAUUUACUGCCGAAGGGUCAUGUGCUGCUCCUGGUACAAUUGACGUUUUACCAGACACUGGUAAAAUGACAGCAACAGGUAUUACGUGGGUAACACCAACUGCAGGUGUGGAUGUGAAUUGUAUCCCUGAUCCCGACACCGCAACGUUCGUGGGUGGUGAGACUGACGUAACUUGCACAAUAGCGGAUGCUUCAACACCAACACUCAUCAAUACGUGUACAUUCAAAGUCCGCGUCUUUCCACAAUUUGCAGAGAACUCUUGUGGAGAGGAUGUUAUACGAUCACCGGACCCCAAUGAUUAUAAAGCAACAUAUGCUUGGAUUAAUUCUGCUAUCAAGAUGGAUGGUGCCGCUGCUACAGUGGCUUGCCAGCAAGCAUCUGGAUCUAAGUUCGGCGGAGGAGAAAAUGAUGUGACAUGCACAGCCACGCAAGCUGCUAAUGAAGUAUCUACCUGUAAAUUCAAGGUUACAGUAUGGCCAAAGUUAGAUGGAGCAGUAGCGGAUAUGACACAAGCGCCCGAUGCAGGAUCAAAUAAAGUGGCAAGUGUGACCUGGACCCCACCCAGUGUAACUGACCCCGGUGGAGCUACUGUUACAGUCACAUGUACACCUGAGCUUGGUACAUCAUUUGUCGGAGGUUCCACUCCUGUUGAGUGUUACGGUGAAGAUCCAACUUCAAAACUCAGAGCCGUCAAUCAGUUCAGUGUCAACAUUUGGCCAAACAUGCCUGACAGUCAGUUAGUGCUGGAUAUCAAACGAGCGCCUGAUCUGGGGAAAAACGUAGCAACAAAUGUUGUGUGGGAUACACCAACUGCAACGGAUUCUGACGGAGAUCCACUUACAGCCACUUGCACCAAAGCGUCAGGAUCGGACUUUAGCGGCGGUGCACAUGAUGUUGAGUGUGUGGCUACUGAUCCCCUUGGAGCAACCUUCAAAGCCACAAGUCAAUUCAAGGUUGAAGUUUGGCCAAACAUGCCUGACAGUGAGUUAGUGCAGGAUAUCAAUCGAGCGCCUGAUCAGGGGAAAAACGUAGCGACAAAUGUUGAGUGGGUUGCACCGGCUGUAACCGGUUCUAACGGAGAUCCAGUUCCAGUCACUUGCACCCCAGCGUCAGGAUUGGAGUUUAUCGGCGGUGCACAUGAUGUCUCGUGUGUGGCUACUGAUCCCCUUGGAGCACCCUACAAAGCCACAAAUCAAUUCAAGGUUAAAGUUUUUCCAACAUUUGCGACGGUUUGUGUUGACUUCCCACCUGUGGCUCCGGAAACUGGGACAACAACUGUAGUUGAAUAUGUCAAACCCAUUGGAGCACCUGAUUCAACGACCACUAAUGCAGUUGUCACCUGUGUCCCCGAAACGGGUACCGCCUUUUUAAAUGACAAGGAAACUGUUGUCACAUGCUUCGCAGUCGAUUCCGAUACUGAAAAGUUUCCAACCAAGGCUACUUGCAGCUUGAAAGUGACGGUCGGUACAGCUCCUACAUUCGUUGCCAAUAAGGGGUGUCUAGCAGAGAAAAUGACUGGACCCACCGCCGGCAAAAACGUUGCAGAGGGAGUUACUUGGACCACCCCGGAAGCCACGCAAAGUGAUGGGGAAGCGGCAACAGUAACCUGCGAACCGCCAAGCGGCUCUGACUUCAAUGGCGGAUCGACGCCGGUCACGUGUACGGCGGUGGACACUCGUAUGCCAAACUUGAAAACAGAAUGCAGCUUCAACGUCUAUGUCUUUCCAACAUUUGAUGGUACCUGUGAUGACCAAUUUGCAACCCCAACAAGUGGAAAUACUAAUGUCAAUUACAACGUACCAGUUGGAGCUCUCGAUUCGACAAAUACCAGAGCAGCAGUGACAUGCAACCCUGCCAGUGGUUCCAGCUUCCCCGAUAACGUAGCAACCGAAGUAAAAUGCGAGGCCACCGAUUCUGAUACCAGUUACGAAGAAAAGGCUACGUGCUCCUUUAAUGUGCUAGUCUCUGCAGCUCCAACAUUUGAUAACGACCCAGCGUGUCCAGCAGACGAGGCAGUUAGCCCUGGUGCUACUGGUUUUAAUAAAGCCGUUGCCACCUGGACAGAUCCUCCAGCGAGACAAGGCGACGGGACUGCAACCGCAUUAGUCACAUGUGACCCACCUAGGGGCUCAACAUUUGGCGCUGGCGAUACCACCGUUACAUGUACAGCAGAAGACCCCCGCUCGUCAAGUCUCACAACUACAUGCGACUUCAAAGUCCGAGUCUAUCCGACAUUUGCGAGUGGUUGUGAAGACAUAGAGGUCGAUAAAGGAGCCACUGGAACGGAAACAACAGUCGAUUAUGUCCCACCGGUCGGAGGCACUGAUUCCUUAGGAACUAAUCUAGUAGGCAUUUCUUGCGAUCCAAACACCGGUGACGCCUUUCCGAAUGACCAGGCAACUGAAGUAACAUGCAAUGCAACAGAUGUGGCACCCGACACAUUUCCAGAUGCUACGUGUACUUUUAAAGUUAAAGUCGGUACAGCCCCAACUUUCAACAAAGGGUGCCCCAGCAACAUAGUUGUAGCCCCAGAUGCGUCGGGAGAAGCUGUGGUGACCUGGGAAAAGGUUACUGGUGGCAGCCCAGCAACGGUCCAAUGUGACCAUAAGAGUGGAGAUACUUUCAACGAAACAGAAACACUGGUGAUUUGCACGGCUACGGACGCUGGGAGCGAACGCACCAGCCAGUGCACCUUUAAAGUUAUCCUUGAUUCCGUUGCACCCGUAAUCCUGUGCCCACCAACUCCAGCAAACGCUGAUGCGGUGACUGGAACUAAUAAGGCUCCUGUUGAAUGGACCGACCCAACCGUGGGUUACGAUGAUGGCGACCAGACCAGACCUGUCAACGUCACUUGCAUACCCAAAUCAGGAUCCUCGUUUGUGUACGGGAAGACGGCCGUUUACUGCUCGGCCAUUGAUUUUGUUGGCAAUGUUGGAGAGUGCUCAUUUGAUGUCACCGUCACAGGUAAAGCUUGUGACCCAGUGUGCGCGGGUGAAUCUGACUGUAUGUUAGAUGAUGUUGGCGCCGCCAGCUGCGUCUGUCGAGACGGUUACAGCUCAGCCACCAAUGACGGCGCAGAUUGUGCAAAUGUGGAUGAGUGUGCAGCUGCAACCUCUCCAUGCCACGAAAACGCUGACUGCACAGACUUGACCCCAAGUUUUACCUGUGCUUGCAAAGAAGAUUUCUAUGGCGAUGGGAUUUUCAGUUGCAGUCCGUACCAAGAUGAGUAUCCGGACAUUGCCGUUCCAGUGGAUAAGGUAUUCCAGGUGGAGUUAUCCAUUGCAGACGCUUCAGGUGCAGACUGUGACCCCGUCACGGACAAAGAAUCAGAUGCGUGUGUCGCACUUGUCAAUACUUUCAAGUUGUUUGUUACGCCAUCUUACAGCGGUCUGUCAAACAGCUUUAAAGAAGUUGUCGUGGAUCAGUCCCAAAUCAGGAAAGGCAGUGUGAUCGUUCCACACACGGUCAGCUAUGAUUACGGAACAGCAACGACUGAAAUCCGUGCAUUACAGCCGCAGCAAUUUUUCGCAGACACGGUGAAAAAACAGGUUGAAGCAGGCAGGAUAGGCAGCUUAGAGAUGGUACCAGACUUCGAAAGUGUAAAAGAUACCACCAAUUUCUGCACUGAAGAGAUUAAGAACGCAAUGCAGUGCAACAACAAACUGUCGGUCUACGAGGACAAAACAGACGACGGUUGCCAGUUGAAGUGCAGCUCACGAUGCAGCACUGACGCCGUUUAUUGCAAUGGGGGAACAUGUACGCACGAUAACGCCGCAGGGGAAAUUUGCAGUAGCUGCCCGGAUGGUAAGGAGGGUGCCCUAUGCGAGGAGGAUUCAAUCAACAUCCCUCUGAUUGUGGGCCUGUCUGUGGGUCUAGGAGGCGGAGGCCUGUUGAUCAUCAUCGGCCUCAUCGUCUACUUCAUGUGCUGCAGAAACAAGGAAGGCAAAGCGACUGUGACAGCCGCAGGGGACGAAGAAGGUGGGCAUUCAAAUAACGCGUUGGCCUUGGACGACAGAUAAAUCAUGUAAGUGUGAUGGAGAAAAUAUGCAAAGCAAGUGGAAGUGAUUUCAUGAACUCAAUGCUGAUUUCGUCAGUUCUUCGACACACUUAAAGCUACAGUCCAUCAUUUGUAAUUUGUGCAUUUUGUUCGUUUGAAGCAACAAAAGUGCUCCAAAAUCUAAUGAAGGAUACUGAACAACUAACCUGAUGAA